AUGUCUUCGCUACUAGAGUACCGACCUCUAGCGGAGAAAGAGUUUCGGCUGCUAAUCCUCAUCCCUGCCGUAUCAAUAACCGCCCCACUGCGAGUGCACGUCUUCCACGACAACGUAGAACACCCAGAAGCGUCCUACGCCGCACUUUCGUACACGUGGGCGUCCAAGCUUGAAGGCAACGACGACAACGAUGAUUUGCUCGAAUCCGUGGAUGUGGACGGACACGAGACGUUCCUCCACCAGAAUCUAGCCAAAGCACUGCGGUCUAUCCGUCUCGAAGUCCCGCAGUGUAUCUGGGCUGAUGCCCUGUGUAUAGACCAGAAUAACAUACCUGAGCGCAACAUCCAAGUCACGCUCAUGCGGCAAAUCUUCUCCAACGCGACGAAUGUGUGGGCGUGGCUGGGUCCGCCUGCCAAAGGAAGUAAUCUGGCCAUGGACUUUCUCGCCAACCUAGCUAGUCGUUCUAACGAAGAAGGUAUCGGACCGUGGCUUGGAAACGAAGGCAUGCAUCCGGAUACAUACCCCACAUGGGAAGGCCUACGGGCCCUAAUGGCGCGAAACUGGUGGAAAAGAGCAUGGAUAGUACAAGAGUUCGCCCUAGCCAAAGACGUAGUCUUCAUCUGCGGCACGCGACGUCUCUCCGCCGACGCCCUAGAAGCAGCCGACCACCUCAUCUUCAUGGAAUUCACGCCCUCAAAGAACGAGCGCGUCACCGCUCUCACACGAGCCGUAGACAUCAACCCACGCGUGCUAGACCCAGCCCGAAACCUAAUGAACCUACGCCGGCGUCUGCAAGAAGGAGAACAGCUUUCCGCCUUGGCCACACUGCAGAUGACUAGACUGACCAACGCGACAGACCCGCGGGAUCACCUAUUUGCCAAGAUUGGACUCAGUGGACGCGAGUUGAUUGAGUUGUGUCCGCCGGAUUACGAUGCCAAGGCCGAGGACAUCUGGUUCACGUUCCUGAAAGAGUUCAUCAAGCAGAAGCAAGAUCUUUAUGUCGUCUGCCUUGCGGGUAUGCAACCGAGGGCGUAUCAUGCGCUCCCUUCUUGGCUCCCGGAUUGGGGGCCUUCGAAACCGCAGUAUAUGCUUACUUCGCUGUACACGGGGAAGCAGUGGCCGUUCUUCGAUGCGGCGGGUGGCGCGGCGGCUGUUGCGACUAUUUCGAGCGACAGGAUCGAACCUGGCAUCUUUCUGAGGUGUAAGGGAGUCGUCAUCGAUACCGUGGAUGGUGUCGCAGGCGAUCCAUGGUGGACUGACAGACCAACGUCUCUCCGCCAAUCUCGAUGCAAGAAAAACGCGUACGGAACACAAAUCGCUGCCUUUGAAGCGUUGGUCAGGACAAUCACUGCGAAUACGAAUCGCAUGGGUGCGUGGGGCGCACCUCCUCCCGAAUUCAAAAUCGUCUUCGCGAAACGGUGGCAUGAGCUGAGGGACACGACAGCACCGUAUGAAGCUGACAACACUCUCGAUCGGCCUCUUCCCUUCUACAUGCGAGCAUCAGGUUUCGAGCGCGUCGAGUUCCCGAGAAGGCUCGGGAGAAAGAGGGGGAUUUGA